AUGGUCAGUUCAUAGACCAUGGGCAUGAGCUCGAUCGUGGUGACCAUGCUCGCUCAAGGAACUUGCUGACUCGGAAAUGGACGCCGAAACAGGAUGACGCCGUCGGCUGGCUCGUCGCGCUCUCUUUCGUCUACUUCACCUACCGCUACUUCUUUGGUCAGUCGGACCACAGCUGGCGUGUCUGAACGCACCCAUUCGUCUUCCCAUCACUCACGCUCUCCUCGCUCGUCACCAGGCUCGUCCUCCGGCUCCUCGAAUGCUUCCUCCCGGAGGCGCUACGUCGUGCCCCCAGCCUCGAUCGAUACGGUCGCCAACAUGUUCCCCAACAUCCCCCGAGCAUCGAUAAGGUACGAGCUCGAACGAACGAGGAACAACGUCGAGGCGACCGUUGAGAGAUGUCUCAGUCAGGGGAGCUUGCCAGAGGUACGUUCGGUCGCUUGCGGGGACAUUGAGCAAAGCUGAUGGAUGUAUCAUUCGUAUGACGCGCGAGUAGCCACCUGCAAGCUUCUUUGCGGAUCUCUCCUCCGAGAACCGUUCUACGACACCUCAACGUCCGACCCCACCCGCCCCACGGGCCCCUCCACCGACGACCCCCUCGACUCACGCCUCGACCUCCGCGACCCCCAGUCCUUCUCUAAUCCAAAGGCUGCGUCUCCAAGAUAAAGUCGAAUCCCCCACUUCAUCCUCAGGCAUGUCUGUUCAAGGCAAAGGCAAAGGAAAGGCAGUGGAGGAAGACGAUGCGACGCUCUCGGGGGGGUCGGCGGAGAAGGUCAAGAUUGCGCCUCCGGUAUGGGAGACAAGUGCGCAGGCGAGGGAGAAGAGCCUGAAGGAGAGGAAGGAGAGGAUGGUCUUGGAGGCGAGGAGGUGAGUCGUAGGGGCUUUUGGACCGCGACUUGGUCCUGUUUCAAGUCUCAAGCUGACUGUUAUCGAUUCGUUUUGGGGUGGGACUCAAAAAGGAAAUUGCUCGCCAAGGAUCAAGCCAAGAAAGCUUCGGCGGCUUGA